CAAAACAAAGGGGGAAAUACAGCGAAAAUAGGAUUCCUCUUCCACUAAUAAUAAGUCUCCGAUCUCGUCGUCUGCCCUGGCAGCCAUAGCCACCACCACCAAACCAAUCGCUCGAAUCUAAUCCCUUCCCAGUUCCCCAGUCUCUCUCAGCGCUCCAAUCGCAGCUUCCUCGCCAUGACUCGCGGAAAUCAGAGGGAGAAGGAUCGCGAAAGAGCUCAGUCUCGCGGCGGCAAGGGCGCCAAGGGCAAAGAUGAUGGCUUGACCCCUGAACAGCGCCGCGAGAGGGACGCCAAGGCUCUGCAGGAGAAGACGGCCAAGAAAGCGGCGCAGGCCGCCGGAGGGGAAUCUUCCGGAGGUAAAGGGAACGCUAAGAAAUAAAAAAAGACAAGGGCUUUGAUCUGAAAACAAUUUGGUUCUGUUUGAUCUUUUGUUUAACCAUGACUGCGAAUUGAGUUCGUUCUGGAGCGUCUUAUAUUCGAACCUUGCCUGUGUGUACACUCUGCAUAAUAUUGGAAAAGUGGAGACUUUGUGAAGCCUGAAGGUCCAUUUUUGUGUUACUGAUAUUGUGGAGUGCUGGUUCUCGGUUGCUUUUUGUUCUGUGAGUUACUCUUUCUCAAAUUGGAAUACUGAAUCUAAUGCCUUGCUAACCAGAAGUGAAUUUGGCAUAGAUAUGCUGUUUAAUGUAUAUGAUUGGUUGCAAGUUAUCCUGAUGGUCAUGCCUUGUGCACAUUCUGUCGUGAAAUUCGAAUAACACAUUAGUCUGCAAUGGUCUCAUGUAUAAUGCUGUGAUGAUUUUGUAUUCGACCCCUCAAGUAGUUGAGAUUGCCAUGUUCAGAGGAUUAGCGAAUCUGAACUCGUAUCGUAUA